UGCUUCAAGUAGUGUCUAUGCAGUACAUCAAAAUUAGAAAGCUGCUCACUCUCUCAUGUGACCGCUGAUAAUUCAAAUUCCCAGAACCUGCUUAGCAAUGAAGCUUCUGGCAAUGCUGGCAAGGGCCUCCGUUUGACAGAACCAGAGUCUAACCAAGAGAAGUGGACCAAUGCUGAAUCCUCUGGAUCCAGUGGCAAUAAAAUGUGGAUUUUUAUAAUAUUUUCUUGAAGUUACCAGAAUCUGAUUUGUGCAAUUUGUGCUGUCUUCUUGAUCGUGAGGAAUUGUCAGAUAAAGUUUUUAUGUUAGCUGGUGAGGUGCUGAAGAAAUUGGCAUCAGUUGCUGUGACACAUCGCAAGUCUUUUACUACAGAGCUUUCAGAAUUAGCCCAUGGUUUGAGUAGUUCGGCUGUCAAUGAGCUUGUAACACUGAGGAAUACGCAGAUGCUGGGUCUGAGUGCAGCUUCCAUGGCAGGAGCUACAAUUCUACGUGUGUUACAAGUUCUUAGCUCGCUCACUUCAACUAGUGUUGGUGAUUAUAAACCAGAGGAUGGUGAUGAUGAACAGGAAGAGGAAGCUACCAUGUGGAAAUUAAAUGAAUUAUUAGAGCCAUUAUGGGAAGAAUUGAGUAAUUGCAUUGGCAUGACUGAGGCACAGCUGGCUCAGAGCUCACUCUGUCCAACCGUAUCUAAUUUGAAUGUUGGGGACCAUGUUCAGGGAACAUCCUUAUUGUCACCACUCCCUCCGGGGACUCAGAGACUCCUCCCUUUCAUUGAGGCUUUCUUUGUUUUGUGUGAAAAGCUACAUGGCAAUCAUUCUAUCAUCCAACAAGAUCAUGUAAAUGUGAUUGUACAAGAAGUAAAAGAGUCUGCCGAAUGUUCUACUUCCUUACCCUCUAAGGACAGUGGGGAUUCCCAGAAGAAGCUUGAUGGAUCUGUCACAUUCGCAAGGUUUGCCGAGAAGCAUCGCAGACUUCUGAAUGCUUUUGUUAGGCAAAAUCCUGGCUUGCUAGAAAAACCGUUGUCUAUGCUGCUGAAAGCUCCAAGGCUGAUUGACUUCAAUAACAAGAGAGCAUAUUUCCAUUCAAGAAUAAAACAACAGCAUGAACAGCACCUUGCUGGUCCACUGCAGAUAAGUGUGCGGCGGGCAUAUGUGUUGGAGGACUCCUACAAUCAGUUACGAAUACGACCUACUCAGGAUCUGAAGGGUCGUUUGAACGUGCAGUUUCAAGGGGAAGAGGGUAUUGAUGCUGGUGGACUGACAAGAGAAUGGUAUCAGUUACUGUCAAGGGUCGUAUUUGACAGAGGAGCAUUACUUUUUACUACUGUAGGGAGCAAUGCAACUUUCCAGCCAAAUCCUAAUUCUGUUUACCAGACUGAGCAUCUUUCUUACUUCAAAUUUGUGGGCCGUGUGGUUGCAAAGGCACUAUUUGAUGGUCAACUUUUGGAUGUUUAUUUUACUCGGUCCUUCUACAAGCACAUCCUUGGUGUUAAGGUGACUUACCAUAAUAUAGAGGCAGUUGAUCCUGAUUAUUACAAGAAUCUGAAGUGGAUGCUGGAGAAUGAUGUGAGCGGCGUUCCUGAUCUGACUUUCAGCAUGGAUGCUGAUGAAGAAAAGAACAUACUUUAUGAAAAAACUGAGGUUACCGAUUAUGAGCUUAAACCGGGAGGAGGAAAUAUCAGAGUUACUGAGGAAACAAAACACGAGUAUGUAGACCUUGUUGCUGAUCAUAUCUUGACGAACGCUAUACGUCCUCAAAUCAAUUCCUUUCUGGCGGGAUUUAAUGAAUUGGUGCCACGUGAACUUAUUUCAAUUUUUAAUGAUAAAGAGCUUGAGUUACUAAUUAGUGGACUUCCUGAAAUCAAUUGUAAGCUUACCAGCCUAUGCUUUUAUGCUUCUCAUUGAGUUUGACUGGUCGAU